ACACACACACACACACACACACACACACAGAGUUCUGAAUGCACACGCAUACAUUUUCUGGCAAGAACCCUCCCCCCCAACAUUUGCAUGAGCUCACUUCAUCGUAAAUAGAUGAUUUUGCUUCUGAACCUGCUAGUCACACUUUGAAGAGUGUUGAACUCAUUUUCUGAAGGUUGCCCUAGAUUUCCUUUGCGUGAGUGAGCAGGUACUGCCAUAUUUUUCUGCUUCCACUGUUAAAUGUAGCAAGCUAACGACAAACUGAGGCAAAUAUUAAUACCAAGCUCCAUGCAAUAUUGAUGAAGAAAACACAGGGGAAGGGCACUAGGAAGGGCUUACAGCUCCACUUAUCAGAGAGAAAAAGAGAGAGAGAGAGCGAAAAAAGAUUUGCUUUGACUUUAAAUGGCACAUAACCUGCCAAGCCUCGCAAAGAGAUUUCAGCUCAGCCUCUUCUAUACAGAAAAAGAUGACACUAUUCAUCAAAGCAUGCCGGGCACUUCUUACUCACAGUGUUGGAGAGAAACUGCUCAGAUUUGAUACAAAGAAGAAAAGAUUGUUGUAGAACUGCAACCAGAGAGUGUUUUCACUUUAAAAAAAUACUCUAGAUGACUUUCCCAGUUGAUUAGAAAUUAAUUGUUUAGUAAAAAGAAAGGGAAUGUCAGUGACAAUCCCAGCUUCAUCAUCCAAAUCAAAAUUCGUCACAUAAAAUAAUCACAUUUCUGAAGCCAAAACCAGUUAUUUUGCGAUUUUGUUUAUACUGAAACAACUCUUAGUUAAUAGAGUACUUAACAUUACAUUUUGUGGGGAUUUCUAAUUGAUUAUUCAGCCAAAGGUACUUUUGUGUUUGUGUGCAUGCUCCUAUCUGCAUGUGCAUGUCUCCUCUUGUGUUGUGUAGACACAAGAAAAAUGUGUUUACAGCACGACAACCUUGAAAGAUUGCCUACACUACCCUACAAGACAUCACUGCAUCAUUAUAACAUUAAGCUGACACAGUGGUGCCUUUACUAAUUAAUAGAUUUUUCCUGCCCCGAAGCUCCCUCAAAAACAAAAGUUCAAAACACCGUUUGUUCUGUGAAUGCAUAUUUUCCGUUUUCCUGUCAAAAUAUCUUCCCCACCUGAAACCCAGUCAUCCUUUAUAAUACGUAUGGUUUAAGGCUUUUUCCUGUCAUGUCAUUGUCAUUCCAUUUCACAGGUCCCCCUGUAAACGUUACAUGCAAUAUUUUUAUCAACAGUUUCGGCUCUGUCACAGAGACAACUAUGGUCCACCAGUUAAUGUUACCUGCAACAUAUUUAUCAACAGCUUUGGUUCUAUAGCAGAAACUACAAUGGAUUACAGAGUGAACAUCUUCCUGCGGCAGAAGUGGAAUGACCCUCGGCUGGCGUACAGUAAAUACCCAGAUUCCUCCCUUGACCUGGACCCAUCUAUGCUGGACUCCAUAUGGAAGCCUGACCUCUUCUUCGCCAACGAGAAAGGAGCCAACUUCCAUGAUGUCACCACAGACAACAAGCUGCUGAGGAUCUUCAAGGAUGGGACUGUCCUCUACAGCAUCAGGUUGACUCUCAUUCUAUCGUGCCCGAUGGAUCUGAAGAACUUUCCAAUGGACGUCCAAACUUGUACGAUGCAACUGGAAAGUUUUGGAUACACCAUGAAUGACUUGGUGUUUGAGUGGCUGGAGAACGGUGCAGUACAGGUGUCGGAGGGACUCACCCUGCCUCAGUUUAUCAUGAGGGAUGAGAAGGAGUUGGGCUACUGUACCAAACACUACAACACCGGGAAGUUUACCUGUAUUGAAGUUAAAUUCCACCUGGAGCGCCAAAUGGGCUACUACCUGAUCCAGAUGUACAUUCCUUCUCUCCUCAUUGUCAUCCUCUCAUGGGUGUCUUUUUGGAUUAAUAUGGAUGCUGCUCCAGCCAGAGUGGCGCUGGGAAUCACCACUGUGCUUACCAUGACCACCCAAAGCUCUGGGUCCAGGGCUUCUCUUCCAAAGGUCUCCUAUGUGAAAGCCAUUGAUAUCUGGAUGGCUGUGUGUCUGCUCUUUGUAUUUGCUGCAUUGCUCGAAUAUGCUGGGGUUAAUUUUGUCUCCAGGCAACAGAAAGAGUUCCUUCGCCUGAGGCGAAGACAAAGAAGGAAUCACAAGGAUGACGAUCUGCGUGAAGGCCGCUUUAAUUUUGCCGGCUACAACAUGAGCCAAUGUCUGCCAACAAAGGAUGGCUCAGCUGUUAAAAAUGCUGUUCCAGCUCCCAACCCUCAACAAUCAGCCUCAAAGGACAUAGACACCAUGAGGAAAAAGUUUGUGGACAGAGCCAAGAGGAUCGACACGAUCUCACGGGCCGCUUUUCCUCUGGCUUUCCUCAUCUUCAAUGUCUUCUACUGGGUUACCUACAAGAUCAUCCGGCAUGAGGACAUCCAUAAAAAGUAAAGACUUUGCCGUCGGCUGAGAACAUAUUUUACAUUUCUCAGAUUGAGAAAUGCUUAGAAAGCACAGGGAGAUGAGAGGGUAAACUGUGCAUUGAGAGGCACCAUUGUGGUAAUGGUGGUGUUCUUUCAGGGAUAACGUACAAUAUUUAUGAAUCGUACAGUAAUGUUCAUGAUUUGAUAAUGUGAACAGUUGUUCAGACACAGAUGCUUUAUUUGUUCUUGUACUGCUGCAAAAUAUUUUCUGAAGAUUAUAGAGAAAAGGUCUUAGCUCAAGACUCACUAACAUGCUGGAGAAGAUGGACCAAAAUGAUUUUGAUUUGAUUCAGCCUUGAGGUCUACAACCAAGAAACAGAGGAACAUUCCAUGAAUCCGUAACUCUAGGGUAGCUCUGUCAAGCCCUCAAGACGUUUUGCAAAUUUUCUUACCGAGGUAGCAUAGGACUGUUUUAUAAUGGACUUCUGUCAUAGAACUUCCACCCUAUUUAUACAAAACAUAGCUCUCACAUAGCAUUACAUAACUUUUGGGGCCAGGGACCUCUAAAAAAUAUGUUUCAAGAAGCCCUUAACAAUCGUAACACCACAUUAGCUGAUGUGGUAGAAUCGCUGGAUGAUGUUGAAUAACUCAGUUUCUUAAUGCUUGUCUGCUACUUAGAUGGCUAACAAGCCAAGCUAAACAGCACCCCGUCCUUUUUUUACACAGUUGUCACACUUACAUGUUUCAGAUCAAUUUUAUUAUUAGA